AUGAAACCAUCUCGUUCCCUCAAUACAUCAUCUUCAUCGGGCUUGUCAUCAUUGGCAUCAUCGACCGAUUCCUUGGAAACCCCGUCUUCGUCAACAAGUUCCAAACAUGCUCAUCAUAAUUUGAGCUCAAUCAGUGAAAAUGUUGGCUUGUCCUACACUGUAUCUAAAAACAAGUUUUUAACGAACGAUUCCGAAGUGUUUUGUUUAAAAUUUAAUCCAGAUUCUAAAUAUUUGGCUGCAGGGUGUAGUGAUGGGUUAGUGAGAGUGUUCUCAGUUUCCGAUGGUAAAAAUUUGUACAGUCUUAACACGGCACAGAAACAACAAUUAUCUCUUCCAGUGACAUCUAUUAAAUUCAAGCCACACUAUGGUUAUGGUUCAUCACAGAAUAUUCUCCUGGUAUCAGGAUCUAAGGGAGUUGUGCAACAUUGGCACGUGACAUCUGAAAAACUACUAAAUGAGAUUGUUGAGGAAGACAAUCAAGUAUACGUUGUAGAUUAUAGGAAGGAUGGCUCUUAUUUUGCAACAGCAGGAAAAGACUCCACUGUUCGGCUCUAUGAUGAAGAGACUAAUGUCUGUGUGACUCAAAUGAGAGGAGGAAAUGGUGUCACCACCGCUGGACAUACCAAUAGAAUAUUUUCUCUAAAGUUUCAUCCCAAUGAUGACAACAUACUCAUUACUGGAGGUUGGGACAAUACUGUUCAAAUUUGGGAUAAAAGAAUGGAUUAUGCAGCACGAAGAAUUUUUGGGCCUCACAUAUGUGGAGAUGCUAUUGAUGUUGAUGUAAAUGACAAUUUGCUCACAGGAUCCUGGAGGUCAGAGGAACAACUACAACUGUGGGACUUUGGAUCUGGGAAAUUGAUUGAGAAUGUCAAUAUUCCACAUUCAGGUGGUCAACAUACAUUGAAUGCAUAUUGUGCACAAUUUGGUGACAGCUCAGGUUCACUCAUAGGUGUUGGUGGCUCUGGAACAAACGAAGCUCUCAUACUGGCCAGAGGAUCUGGCAAGGUGGUCGGAGCAAUUAGAGAGCUCGAAAGAGCAGUAUUUUGCAUGUCGUUCUCUUCAAGUCAAAAUCAUUGUGCUGUGGGGACAGGAUCUGGAUCCAUUUUCCUUCUGCAUAAAUAA